AUGAGCGCUAAUACUGCCGCUCCUGAUUUCUCUUAUGAGCAAGACAUGUGUUUAGAGGAGUCUCAGGAUUUUGAAGAUGCUCAAGAUCAGUUCGAUAUAGUCUAUGUAAGUCAAAAGGCUAUCAAAGGAAGUGCGGUGGAAGAUUUCUUGGCCAGUAGAGCUUUGGAGGAUUACGAGCCAUUGAAUUUUGAUUUUCCAAAUGAUGAGCUAAUGUGUAUAGCAGCAACUGAAGAUUCGUCAUGGAAGCUAAAUUUUGAUGGGGCUUCUAAUGCAGUCGAAAAUGGGAUUGGGGCAGUCUUGGUACCCCCGAAUGGCGACCAUUACCCGUUCACGUGCAAGUUGGAUUUUGAUUGUAUAAAUAAUAUGGCUGAAUACGAAACAUGCAUCAUGGGGCUCCAAGCGGCCAUAGAAAGAGGCAUAAAAACCCUAGAAGUAUAUGGAGAUUCUGCGUUAGUAAUCUACCAGCUAAGAGAUGAGAACCAGAUGGCAGAUGCUUUAGCGACCUUGGCUUUGAUGAUUAAAGCAAACAAAGAGGAAGAGAUGAGACCAAUUCAAAUGAGUGUCUAUGAAUUUCCAGCUAGUUGUUGUAACCUUGAAGAGGAAGAAAAGGGUGACAAUCCUUGGUAUCAGGAUAUAUUGCGAUAUGUAAGAGAUCGUAAAUAUCCAACACAGGCAUCUGAAAAUGACAAACGAACCCUGAGAAGAUUAGCUUGUGACUAUGUUUUGGACGGGGAUGUUCUGUACAAGAAAAGGAAAGACUAA